GCUUGCCAGGUGCUUCGGGCUUGGAUCUUUCGCUUCCUUGCAAAGAAAGCUUGGCACUUGGCCAAGCAUGAUGGUUUUGCAUCUUGCUUGUGAGUGAGCUGAACAAGGGUAACAACUGACCUCUUCUUGUGAUUGAGCCCUGGUCAAAUAACUACCGAGAUACUACUCGUAACUAGCUAGCCAGGAGCAAGCAAGCAAGGAAGGAAGCGACUAUACGGUGACGGGAACACCAGAAAAAAAGAUAGAAUAAUCGAAAGUCGAAAGGCUGAUUGAAAGAGUUUGAAGGAAUCAGCAAAGAAGGAAGAAUGUCGAGUGAAGCUAGUCAACGAAUGCAAUCCGAGGAUCUCGGGAUGUUUAUGGGGAUUGGAGGGUGUUGUCUCCUGUUCUUCUGGAUGCCCUGGAUUGUCUUAGAUCUAGUCUUUGCCGGUGGAGACUCUGAGUGCCUCACACAAGAGAUCACUGAGUACUCGAUAUCCAUGGAUCUUGCAACUUGGCUUCAAGUCCAAGCCGCCAUCAUGAUUGUGCUUGCUGGCAUUCUCAUGGUGGCGGCUAUCAUGGCUUGCUUCACGCCCAUUGGAGCAUUGCUCGGAGGAUGUGGACUGUGUCUACUCACCAUCCACCCUCUCUUCAGUAUGCCUUGGACCAUUGUUGGAGCGCUGAUGUUCUGGGGAGAACUGGACCCUGCUGGAACCUGUGACAGAGGGCUCACCAUUUACAUGUACUUCAACCUCAUCAUAGGUUGCUUCUCCAUAUUCAGCUGCUGCUGCAGAGACAGAGUCAGACCCAGCACAGAACAAACUGCUCCUCACGAUGCACCGCAAAAGACGGAAACGUCCCCCAUUGUCUAGCCACAUCAUUUAUCUUAUCAUUCAGUUCUAUAAACAGUUAGGUCUACUGUACUUUUAAUUACUCAGUAGUCAUUGUCCAAGUUUUGCUCUC